GUUGCAGUCAGCAUCCUUAGCCAUGCUGUCUCUCGCCAACUGUAAAGCGGCCUCCCAGGCUUUUGCCUGUGCCAGACUUUCACUUCGCAGCGCUUGCCAACGCAACCGCGUUCUGCCAACGUAUCCUUCGUCUGGCUUUGCGCUCCGACGUGGCUACGCGGAGGUCUUCCAACGGAACAAGCCCCACAUGAACAUUGGUACCAUUGGCCAUGUUGAUCAUGGAAAGACCACUUUGACCGCCGCUAUCACCAAGGUUCUCUCUUCUCAAGGUGGUGCCAAGUUCACCGACUACAACCAAAUCGACAAGGCCCCAGAAGAGAAGGCCCGUGGUAUCACUAUCAACUCGUCCCACGUCGAAUACGAGUCGGACUCCCGCCACUACGGUCACAUUGACUGUCCCGGACACGCUGAUUACAUCAAGAACAUGAUUACUGGUGCAGCUCAAAUGGACGGUGCUAUCAUUGUCGUCUCUGCAACGGACGGUCAGAUGCCCCAAACUCGUGAGCACUUGCUCCUCGCACGUCAAGUCGGUAUCAAGCGUUUGGUAGUUUGGAUCAACAAGGUUGACCAAAUCUCGGACCCGGAAAUGUUGGAACUCGUCGACAUGGAAAUGAGGGACUUGCUUUCGACUUACAACUUCGACGGUGAAAACACUCCUAUCAUCAUGGGCUCUGCUUUGGCUGCUUUGGAAGGUCGUGACGACAAGAUUGGCGAAUCCAAGAUCCGCGAACUCGUCAAGGCUUGUGACGAAUGGCUCGAACUCCCAGUCCGUGACCUCGAGAAACCUUUCCUCAUGCCCGUUGAAGACGUUUUCUCUAUCUCUGGCCGUGGUACCGUCGCUACUGGACGCGUCGAGCGUGGAGUUGCCACCAAGGGUACUGAUGUCGAAAUCAUCGGAUUUGGUGCCAACUUGAAGACUACUCUUACUGGUAUUGAGAUGUUCCACAAGGAACUCGACCGCGCUGAGGCUGGUGACAACAUGGGUGCUCUCCUCCGUGGCAUCAAGCGUGAACAAAUCCGACGCGGUCAAGUCCUCGCUGCCCCCGGCUCCGUCAAGUCCGCCAAGAAGUUCCUCGCUCAGAUCUACGUCUUGACCAAGGAAGAGGGUGGUCGUUACACUCCCUUCAUGCAAAACUACCGCCCUCAAUGCUUCGUCCGUACCGCUGAUAUCACCGUUUCUCUCUCGUUCCCUGAAGGCACUCCCGAUGCUGCUGAGAAGAUGGUCAUGCCCGGUGACAACGUCGAGAUGGUCUGCGACUUGGUCUUCGACGUUGCUCUCGAGGAGGGAACUCGAUUCACACUCCGUGAGGCUAACAAGACUAUUGGAACUGGUAUCGUUACCAAGAUUUUCGAGUAAACGGUUCAGUUAUCGUCGUUGCGCCGCUGCAUACAGCUAUUCACCCCCACUUACCAUUUAGUCGUUACCUAGCACAUGUACAAAAGUAAUCCGGGUUCGAGCUACCUAGACUUAAUAUGAGACAUAAUUUAUUGCCUUGU